AUGGCAUCUAGAAAGGGGGAUGUCCCCUUCAUCAACUACCCAGAGAUUCGCGAAGGCCCUUCGCUGCCCUACAAGAAUGAAGACCAGUCCAUCCCGGUUUUCCGUGGAACGCCGCUGGUCAUCGGAGCUUCGCUCAUUGCAAGCGUUGGCUUUGUCCAGAGCUUCUUUUGGCGCAACGCAGGCUUCGGUGUCAUUCGCGAAAUCCCCAACCUGGACCAGUGGCCCGCCCGCUACGAUCCGACCGUCAUCCCCGUCCACACCGGUGAGCAGGCUACGCCAAGCGCCGCAAGUCUCCCCGCACCGGAGGCGAGGAGAAAAGGGAAAGCAGGCUACUACACCGCCGCCGACUACCAUGCUCUCUACAAGUCAGGGGAUGUGACCCCAACAGCGGUCGUGGACUCUCUCCUCUCCGUGACCCGUCGCGACACGAAACCACCCGGGAAGCAUUCGGUUGCAUUUCUGGAAUGCGCGGUUGAGAAAGUCCGCGCUGCGGCUGCGGCGUCCACGCAAAGAUACAAGGAUGGCAAGCAUUUGGGCCCAUUAGAUGGUGUCCCGGUUACGGUCAAGGACGAGGUGCAUAUGGAAGGCUACCGACGGACGCUCGGUACGAAGAUGGACUUUACAGGCGAGUUCGCCGGGUCGACAUCCUGGUGUGUCAAGAAGUGGGAGGAAGCAGGUGCCAUAGUCAUCGGAAAGUCGACUAUGCAUGAGCUGGGCCUGGACACGACAAACAACAACCCCAACUUCGGCACUCCCAAGAACCCCCACAACCCUCAAUACUACUGCGGCGGCUCGUCCGGCGGCUCCGGCUACGCCGUCGGCGCAGGUCUCGUCCCCAUCGCCCUAGGCGCAGACGGCGGAGGCUCAAUCCGCAUCCCCUCGUCCUUCUGCGGAGUCUGGGGUCUCAAGCCCUCGCACAGCCGCGUUAGCGGCUCCCCAACCGUCGGUCUCGCCUGCACAGUCGGCGUACUAGGCCCCAUCGCCGCCAGUAUCGACGACCUAGCCCUAGCCUACAGAAUCAUGGCAGCGCCCGCCAUCCCCUCGGAAGACGCCAGGUCCGGCGCCUUCCCUGACCCCCUCGCUGAGCUGAAUCUAGCGCCCGCUGAAUCCCGCCCCAAGAAUAAAACGCUCGGCAUCAUGCGCGACUGGAUCGACCGCGCCGAGCCCGCCGUGCGCAAGGUCUUCGACCAGGCCCUCGACUUCUACCGCAACCAGGGCUACACUGUCAUCGACAUCUCGAUCCCCUACAUCCCCGAAGGCGCCCGCGCACACGUUCUGACCAUCAUGGCCGAGAUCUCCUCGGGCCUCUCGUCUGAUCAGAUCAAGAACCUGACCGCGCCCAAUAAGGUCCUAGUCUCAAUGGGUAUGCACCAGAUCUCCUCCCAGGACUUCCUUGCCGCGCAGCGUCUCCGCGGCCUUAUCAUGUCCCAUCUUGCUUUUCUCUUCCAGAAGCACCCUGGCCUGCUCAUAUUUACGCCUACCACUCCGAUCCCCGGGUGGAAGAUUGCCGGUGGAGAUGCGGAUCUAGCCCGCGGGGUGUCGGACGGGAAGUCCUCUGUGAGGAACAUGGAGUAUGUCUGGCUGGGAAACUUUACCGGCUGCCCGGCUAUCUCUUGCCCUGCGGGCUACGCGGAGGACAACGGACACCGCGUGCCGAUUGGUGUUAUGGCUAUGGGAGAGUGGGGGAGUGAGGAGGACCUUAUUGCGUUCGCGAGGGAUGGAGAGGGAAUCUUGGAUCUUCCUGAAAACAAAGCGCCCGCAGUGGAGUCUGGUGAGCAAACUACGGGUUUGACGAUUCCGCGUGGUGCGGAGUCAGUGUGGGAGGAUGUUAUUGCGAAUGCUCAAGCGUUGGGUUAG